CAAAUAAUUAUCUCACUCAAAAACUUCCAGAUUGUUGGAACAAAUUGGGGAACUUGUCUGACUUAUACUUGGGGAAUAAUCAGUUGACCGGUCGAGUUCCACCCAUGAUGGGUUCAUCAUUACCUCGCUUAGAGGCGCUAGAUCUACGUAAUAAUAGAUUUUUUGGUGAUAUACCUUCGACUUUCAAUAAUUGCAUGUCUUUGGUGCUUCUCAAUUUAGAAGGAAAUAACUUCUCUGGAGGUAUACAAACAUGGAUGCCCCAAGAUAUAUCAAUUCUAAAAUUGAGAUCCAAUCAAUUUACGGGGAACAUUCCGCCACAACUAUGUUGUCUCUUGAACUUGACGAUAUUGGACCUUGCUAAUAAUGAAUUUUCUGGAUCAAUCCCUCACUGUCUACACAACGCGACCAGUUUGCCUUCAUUUACAAAUGUUUUACCCGGUCCAGUAUCAAAUCAUUUCUUUACAACUGCAAAAGACUUCAUGAAAAUUGAUUUGCACACAAAGGGUCAACAAUUAGAGUAUGGGAAAACUCUAAAGUUGGUGAGAAGUAUUGACCUAUCAGCUAAUAAGCUAUCAGGAGGAAUUCCUGUACAGUUGUUCAAGCUCACCGAGUUACAAUCACUGAACUUGUCCUACAAUUAUUUGAUAGGAGAGAUACCAGAGCAGAUUGGAGAGAUGAAAGAUCUAGAAUCUCUUGAUUUGUCCCACAACAAUCUUCAUGGGAAUAUUCCUCAGAGCAUGUCCGGUCUAUCUUUUCUCGAUGUUUUGAAUCUGUCGUACAACCAUUUCAGCGGCCAAAUUCCGCUGGGCACUCAGCUUCAGAGUUUUGAUGCAUGGAGUUACGCCGGAAAUCCUGAUCUUUGUGGGCCUCCUCUUCAAAAGCACUGCACAAUACCAGAUAAUACAGAGAAAGUUGAAGAAAAUGAGGAUGAUGGUUUUAUGAAGUCAUUGUAUCUUGGAAUGGGAGUUGGCUUUGCUGUAGGAUUCUGGGUAGUUUGUGGUUCACUAGUCCUGAACAGAGCAUGGAGGCACUCUUAUUUUCGAUUUUUUAAUGGUGUGGUUGAUCGAAUCUAUGUUAUUGUCGCCAUAAAGCUUCAAAAAUUCCGCUGAAUGGGAAUAUGCUGCAACUCCAGAUUUUCAAGACUCGCAUGAGUCCCAGAAGAUUCGGCGCUUAAGCCCUGUGAUCAAUGGAAUUUUAGAUGAAGCUUUGAUAAAUGGCCGCAACUUCAAUAAGUAUUCAAAAGUUUGGGGCUGUCCAAGUUUGGUGAUUUUCAGUAAUAUGUGUGUCUGUCUCUGUACUUGCUGCUUGAUUUGGUAAUUUACACAAAUUUGGUAUGUCGGAUUUUUCUACGAUGUGGUUUCAUGUUCCUAGUCAAUAUCUCAAUUGUGCUAUUUUUUAGUGAAAAAUAUGAGUUCAGAUAUAAUUUUGAUUUGAAGUAUGCUAUUCUUGUUAUGAUGUUCAUGAUUCGUAGAAUGUGACAUAUAAUGAGCCUUUAAAAUUAAGGUUAAUUGCUAGUUCUAAAUUAACCUCAA